AUGGCUCCACGGUUAGGUGGCCAUGCAGGAAGAACAAAAUCUCAAAGAGCGUCCCAACAGCCUCGCGCCCUCAAGCGAAAGCGGCAGGAAGAAGAUCUCGACGCACUCGCUCAAAAAGUUGCGGACCUCGAGCCCAAAUCCUCCACGCCGCCUGAGAGUUUCUCCGACCUACCUCUGUCACAAGCGACGGCUGAUGGCCUAGAUGCUUCCCACUUCAAGACCCUCACGACCAUCCAAUCGAGGACAAUCCCGCUGGCGUUGAGAGGCUCCGACAUUCUAGGUGCGGCCAAGACUGGCUCAGGCAAAACACUUGCCUUCUUGGUGCCGGUUCUUGAGAACUUGUACAGAAAGAGAUGGACGGAAUUCGAUGGCCUCGGAGCUCUUAUACUCUCGCCAACGCGGGAACUGGCUAUACAGAUAUUUGAUGUGUUGCGCAAGGUUGGACGAAACCACACGUUCUCCGCAGGACUGGUCAUUGGAGGCAAGAGUCUGCAGGAGGAAAAAGAACGACUGGGUCGAAUGAAUAUCUUGGUCGCUACACCUGGCAGGAUGCUGCAACAUAUGGACCAAACGGCAGAGCUGGAGAUAGGCAAUCUACAAAUGCUAGUCUUGGACGAGGCGGACAGAAUUUUGGACAUGGGGUUCAAGCAGACCAUAGAUGCACUCGUGCAGCAUCUGCCUUCGGAUCGACAAACACUCCUCUUCAGCGCAACACAGACGAAGAAGGUGUCAGAUCUAGCCAGGUUAAGUCUUAGAGAGCCCGAAUUUGUCUCUGUCCACGAAGCAGCCGAGAGCGCAACCCCCGCAGGUCUGCAACAGAACUACAUCGUCUCCCCUCUUCCAGAGAAACUCGACACCCUCUGGUCGUUCAUCAGAGCCAACGUCAAGAAGAAAAUUCUGGUUUUCUUCAGCAGUGGCAAGCAAGUCCGUUUUGUCUAUGAGUCGUUCCGCCACCUUCAACCAGGUAUUUCAUUACUUCACCUCCACGGUCGCCAGAAGCAGACCGCUCGUCUAGACAUAACUACCAAAUUCUCCAACAGCAAGUACGCCUGCCUCUUUUCGACCGACGUCGCCGCCCGAGGCUUGGAUUUCCCUGCUGUUGAUUGGGUCGUGCAAGUCGACGCACCAGAAGAUGCGGACACAUAUAUUCAUCGGGUUGGCCGCACAGCACGUUAUGAGCACGAGGGCCAUGCCGUCAUGUUUCUCGACCCGAGCGAAGAAAAGGGGAUGCUGGGCGCACUGGAGAAGAAGAAAGUCACCCUGGAAAAAAUCAACGUGCGCCAGAAGAAGAUGCAGAAUACCGUUCGCAACCAACUGCAGAAUAUGUGUUUCAAGGAUCCUGAGCUGAAGUACCUCGGUCAAAAGGCAUUUGUCAGUUACGUGCGAAGUGUGCAUAUUCAGAAAGACAAGGAGACGUUCAAUCUGAAGAAACUAGACUUGGAGCAGUUUGCCGCCAGUUUGGGUCUACCAGGUGCGCCUAGAGUGAAGUUUGUCAAAGGCGAGGACGCAAAGGCUCGGAAGAAUGCUCCUAGAGCACUCCUUGCCGCCCUUGCUGGAAGCAGUGAAGAUGACAGUGAUACGGUGGAUGGCAAGACUGAGGCCAAGGACAAAUCGAAGACAGUUCGCACCAAGUACGAUCGAAUGUUCGAGCGCCGAAACCAAGACGUUCUAGCAGAGCACUACACGAAGUUGAUCGAGGACGACAACGAUGCACAGAGCGGAAAAUCGAAGUCAAUCCCCGAUCAGACGGCAGACGCCGAAUCCGACCACGAUUUCCUCUCCGUGAAACGACGCUUCGAGGCUGGAGACUCCGAUCUCGAUCAACAAGACGACACGUCCUCCUCAGACUCGGCGGAUGAAGCGCAGAACAAGCCCAGCAAAGACCGCAAACCCAAGCCCAAAACCAUCCAACUCUCAGAAAACCCGUCAGCCGAAGCCCUAGUCAUCGACUCGCACCGGCGCGAAAAACUCCUCAAAUCGAAGAAGAAGCUCCUCAAGUACAAGGGUCUCGGCACGCACAUGACGUUCGACUCGGACUCGGACACGCCACAAAAUCACCGCGCAUACCGCGACGAGGACACGUUCACGGCACAAGGGAAGAGCGGCGUCGAAGCGGAGAAAGCGCAGUUCUUGGAGCGCGAGCGCGAUCGCGCCAAGGAGAUGGAUGUCGUGGAUAAGGAGGUUGCGAGGGAGAAGCGGCGGGAGAAGAAGGAGAAGAGGAAGGAGCGGGAGAGGGCUGCCCUGUUGGACGAGGAGAGUGAUGAUGGGGGCAUGGGUGGGAGAAUUGCGACGUUGGUUCCUUAUGAUGAGGUUGUGGAGGGCAAUACUGCUUCGAGGUUUGACGAUGACGAUGGUGACGCUGGGUUGGAAAAGGAAGAAUUGCCGCAGCCGAAGCCUAAGCGACAGAAGAAGUGGUUUGAAGACUCGGAGGAGGAGGAUGGCGAUGGUGACGGUCUGACCUCACGACACAAGAAGAAUAAGAAGGGCAAGAAGCGUAGUGACCAGGCGGCGGACCAGCCCCAGACCUUGGAGGAUCUCGAGGCCCUUGCAUCUGGAUUGUUGGCGAACGAUUGA